CUGGCCUUUUCACAUGAUCUCUUUCAGUCGACAUCUUUGAAUGAAAAUCUUGGACUCCAAGCUCGAGUCUCAGGCUUAAAAACCCUGAUUUCCAUUCAAACCUUGUCCUAAUUCCAAACUGAUAGUGAAUUCAGGGAGCGUUUGUGAGGGAUUUAUCCCUCGGUCAGGUCUUGGUGCUUGGGAUGGGAGGAGGAAGAGGCCAACAAACUUGUAGAACUGUGACUGUGAUUUGAUCAAUGGAUUCGAACUUGUCUAAAUCAAUGCAAUGGAAAAGAUUGGCCUUAGUCUUUGAGAUCUUCGUGUAAUUUGCCCAGGUGUGUCUGAAAUUGGUCUCUCCUAGACUGUCAAAAUGCAGUCGAUGGGUGACCAGGUCAAUUCCGCCAUGCAGAAUGUGGAUCUGGAUGAGCGGGCUCAGCAUCAAGAGUGUCCAGAUGGUACCAAGGAUGCGUUCCUUUUCAAGAUGAAAUGUGGCGUUGCCAACGUGAAGAAUAACGCCACUCGGGUAUUCAGAAAGGAAGGGGCUUAUGAUCGGUAUGAUUUCAAGGAUGCCAAUGAAGGUGUCGACAAGACCGUGCGGAGCGGGGAAUAUGAGGAAGGCGACCUCCAAAUGCCCACGGAUUUUCCUGAAUUGGAACGCCCACCUUUGCGCAAGGUCGAUAAGUACUGCCAACCCGAGUGCCCUUGUGUUAGCCUCUCGAAGAGAUACACGCAAGCUUGGUUGGUAGCCUUGGGAUUCAUCAUCUCAUUCGGGAUUCGGUGCAAUGUGGGAGUGGCCACCGUAGAAAUGAUGUCCAAUGACACCGGCGUUCCCGAGUUCCAGUGGACACCAGAGACGGUUGGUUUCGUGGACGCCAGUUUCUUUUGGGGAUAUAUCGUCACUCAGAUUCCCGGAGGCUUCCUGGCGGCCAGGUUCUCGCCAUCGUUUCUGUUUGGAACGGCAAUCUUUUGCUCAUCCUGUCUGAAUAUGCUCAUUCCCACCGCCACUGAAAUAAGUCCCACCUUGGUCAUUUGUGUGCGAGUAUUACAAGGUCUGGUUGAAGGCGUCACCUACCCAGCUUGUCAUGGUAUUUGGCGUUGGUGGGCACCACCACUGGAACGAUCACGUUUGGCGACCCUGGCUUUCUGCGGAUCCUAUGGCGGAGCAGUUUUAGGAAUGCCUAUAUCGGGCUACUUAGCCUCUGGUAUAGGUUGGUACGCGCCGUUUUAUUUCUACGGGGUGUGUGGCAUUAUUUGGUACAUGUUCUGGCUUUGGUUGGCAUUUGAAUCCCCGGCCAAGCAUCCCACAAUAUCGCCUCGGGAGCAAUACUACAUAGAGCAGAGCAUAGGUCAAAACCAUGGCGUACAGCCGACCAUAUUCACCACCCCUUGGAGGCGGGUCUUCACAUCGAUGCCGGUGUGGGCUAUCAUUGUGGCCAACUUUGCGCGAUCUUGGACCUUUUACUUACUUCUCAUCACCCAACCGAAAUACUUUAAAGAAGUGUUCCACAUGAAUUUGGCGCAUGCCUCGACUGUGGCAGCAUUGCCUCAUCUCGUGAUGACUCUCAUCGUACCCUUUGGUGGACAAUUGGCGGAUUACCUGAGGCGGAACAAAUUUCUUUCCACUACCAACGUACGGAAAGUGUUUAAUUGUGGAGGCUUCGGAGGAGAGGCUCUUUUUCUCCUCGUUGUUGGUUACACAAACAACAAAAUGGUGGCAAUUGUGGGCCUGAUUUUUGCCGUUGGCAGCUCUGGGUUUGCCAUAUCUGGCUUCAAUGUCAACCAUCUCGACAUUGCUCCUCGAUACGCAUCGAUCUUGAUGGGCAUCAGUAAUGGCGUGGGCACCUUCAGUGGCAUGAUAUGUCCAAUUACAACUCAAGAAAUCACCAAAGAUCAUUCUUCAGAACGAAAGCUUCAAGAAGAAUGGCACCACGUGUUUCUGAUUGCAGCAUCUAUCCAUUUUGUGGGAGUCCUCUUUUACGCCGUUUUCGCCUCAGGAGAACUCCAAGAUUGGGCUGUAGAUCCGCCGGAGGAGAAAAUUGAGAUGAAGAGUCCAGGAGUGGAUCCCAAAAGCUAUGGGACAGCCGAUGGAUAUUCGUUGGAUUACGGCAUGCAAGAAACCAAGAUGGUGCCCGCUUUUCCCGAUGAAAGCGAUCAAGCCAAUGGAUCUGCUGCAACUGCUGCUCCCGCCAAUCCGUUCACACAAAAGCAAUAUCAAGCAGCUUCAUCCAACCCAUUCAAUCGAUAAGAUUUCAAACGUUGAACCGUACAACUUGUCAAUGGACCCCAAGAAAUAUCAAUGGAAAUUUUCUGACCCGACUUUCAUAACUAGUGAUUCCCGCAACUACACCAACAAUGGAAAACGACCCAUUAGACUUUACGUAAGGCUUGCUGCUGUAUAAGAAACAAAAUUGUCUUAAUGUUGAAAGUUUGACUUGUUGGCUUUUUCAAUUGAUCAGCCGUACUUCUGCUCGAUAUUUAAACUUUUCCCCCUAUCAACUUCGUUUUAAUCCCUGCAAACAUUUAAAAACGAGCUACGUAUUACUAUCAGAAAAGAGCCCCUAAUUCUCAUCAAUCCCACCCCAGACCCAAUGGACAAAAAAACAACAUUGUGAGCCCAAGCGCAACUUGUUAUGCUAGUGUCUUUUCUUAUCCAACCACAUAUGUACAUGUGUAUUUGCAAAACAACCAAUGGUUGUCCAUUAUUGAUCUCCAAGAAUUUAUCUCCCAUUCUCAAUCAUUCCACGCCCAUUCCAUUAGUACUAAUAUCAUCUCCUAGUCUACAUAGAGAGCCCAAGCAAUUUUCUUUACUCCAUCACAAGUUGUGUGAAUGAAGAAUAUCUCAAGGUGAUGAUUACAAAGUGGACAUCUUUUCAUGGUCUGUCUGACUUCCAAAAGACGAUCUUGAAAAUGUCAUCCUUCUUUCCUCGCUUUUGCUAAAUAUCUAUUUAAAAUAUGUAUGGACCGUUAUUGAAAAGGUUGUGAUCGCCUCUUUUCUUCCUUUUCAAAUCGAAAUGGAAAGGGUUCUUUAACUCAUGUUUGCUGUUUCUCUCGUAUGUAAUACUCCAUAUUUCAUUGAAUCUUUUCGAUUUGAACAAUGGGCCUCGUUUUGAAACGUCGGAGGACAAAAGGUCCCCUGAAAUUCAAUUGUUCUAGAUUUCGAUUGAAGUCAGGAAGUAGCUAUUAUUUCAGUUGACCCUCAUAUUACGUUGAUAUUCAUAUGAACACGUACAAGAUACGUCAAUUUAUGCUAUCGUUAAGGCUUGACUUCUUCCCACAAGAGUCAAGGAUGUGGAUUCCCAGGCUUUCAGACUGUAAAAAGGAACUUCCGAAUACAUGUCACCAUGCUUCUCGGGCUAACUAAAAAUGAAAUGAAAAAUUUCCAGCAUGCCCAAAAAUUGAUUGAAUGAAUGAAUGCAUGAAUGAAUGAAUGUAUACUUGAGAAGCUUUCGCUUCAACGAGUGGAUUAAAGAUUAUUGAGAACACUCCAGUAAUAUAUAUGAGAUAUCUUCGCCUCCUCCCCCUGUUUCUUCUUAAGAUACUGUAAUCUUACUCGAAAUGGAUGACACAAAUAUGUCGGAUUGAAUGACAUAUUGUUGUACUCCCAUUGGUUUGGGACUAAUGUUAACAAAGUCAGCCCGUCAAAGUUAUGUUUCGUUUUCUGUCAAACAUUCGUAGCACUGUUACUAUCAUUACUUGUUACAGAUUUUUAGUGAGAAUAAAUCAGCGCAGUUAUUGGCCGAA